AUGCCUGGAGAGCUGGAAACCGGAAGAGCAAUGGGCAAUGGCUGCGUGAAAGUUAGCGGCUGCUCGGAGAGCAAAGGAACGCAGUACGAAAGUGCCAACUUGGACUUCAAGAAAGGAAAGAAGAACAUGACAGCGGACCUUCAAGAACCUGGCAAUAUUUUGCUACUGUGGCGUCAUCACCCGAAUUCGUACGGACUCAGGCGUCAAAAGCGAGAUUGGGUCAUCCCACCAAUCAAUGUGCCAGAAAAUUCGAGAGGACCCUUCCCACAGCAGCUUGUUAGGAUUCGUUCAGACAAAGACAGUGAAAUCCAUAUAAGAUACAGUAUCACAGGAGUGGGAGCUGACCAGCCCCCUAUGGAAGUCUUCAACAUUGACCCCGUGUCAGGGAGAAUGUACGUGACCCGUCCAAUGGAUAGAGAAGAAAGAGCAUCAUACCAUCUCAGAGCACACGCCGUAGAUAUGAAUGGGAACAAAGUGGAGAAUCCAAUUGAUCUCUACAUUUAUGUGAUCGACAUGAAUGACAACAGGCCGGAAUUCAUAAACCAAGUCUAUAAUGGAUCUGUUGAUGAAGGAUCUAAACCAGGAACUUACGUGAUGACAGUGACGGCCAACGAUGCCGACGACGCCACCACAGCAAAUGGGAUGGUGAGGUACCGCAUUGUGACUCAAACUCCACAAAGUCCAUCCCAGAAUAUGUUUACCAUUAACAGCGAGACUGGAGAUAUAGUGACAGUGGCAGCAGGACUCGAUCGAGAGAAAGUUCAGCAAUACACAGUCAUCGUUCAGGCCACCGAUAUGGAAGGAAACCUUAACUACGGUCUCUCAAACACAGCGACAGCCAUCAUUAUGGUGACAGAUGUGAACGACAACCCACCCGAAUUCACUAGCAGCACCUAUUCUGGUGAAGUUCCAGAAAACCGGAUAGAAGUUGUUGUCGCUAAUUUGACUGUGAUGGACCGAGAUCAACCCCACUCACCCAAUUGGAAUGCAGUUUACCGAAUAAUCAGUGGAGACCCUUCUGGUCAUUUUACCGUUAGGACUGAUCCUGUUACCAAUGAAGGCUUGGUAACCGUUGUGAGGGAAGUUGAUUAUGAGAUGAACCGAGCUUUUAUGUUGACGGUGAUGGUGUCCAAUCAAGCUCCUCUUGCCAGUGGGAUCCAAAUGUCCUUCCAGUCUACAGCCGGAGUCACCAUUUCAGUCACUGAUGUCAAUGAACCACCCUACUUUCCAACAAACCACAAACUCAUCAGGCUGGAAGAGGGUGUGCCUACGGGGACAGCCCUCAUGACUUUUUCGGCAGUGGACCCUGACCGCUUCAUGCAACAGGCUAUCAGAUAUUCCAAGUUGUCGGAUCCUGCCAAUUGGCUGAAUAUUAAUGCCACAAACGGUCAGAUCAUCACUGCAGCUGUCCUUGAUCGCGAGUCAGCCUACGUUAAGAACAAUGUCUACGAAGCCACGUUCCUGGCAGCAGACAACGGUAUCCCUCCAGCCAGUGGCACGGGCACACUACAGAUCUACCUAAUCGACAUCAAUGAUAAUGCCCCUGAUCUCCAGCCAAAGGAGGCCCAGAUAUGUGAGAGGCCGAAUCUGAAUGUCAUCAACAUUACAGCCGCGGAUGCUGACAUCGAUCCAAAUGUCGGCCCCUUCGUCUUUGAGCUGCCGAGUGUGCCAUCUGCCAUUAGGAAGAACUGGACCAUUACGCGUCUAAAUGGUAAACCGAGCGGGCAACACCUGGCGCUGUUCGUAGCUUGGCACGGUGAUUAUGCUCAACUUGGCUUGCGAAUAAUGUACUUGGAAGCCGGUGUAUAUGAUGUGCCAAUCAUUGUAACGGAUUCCGGAAACCCUCCUCUGUUUAACAUGUCCAUCAUUAAGGUCAAGGUGUGUCCAUGUGACGAGAAUGGAGAUUGUACCACUAUAGGAGCUGUCGCCGCAGCUGGGCUGGGCACAGGAGCCAUUAUUGCCAUCUUGAUAUGUAUCAUCAUUUUACUGACCAUGGUUCUGCUUUUCGUGGUAUGGAUGAAACGGAGGGAGAAGGAACGUCACACUAAGCAGCUACUCAUUGAUCCGGAAGAUGACGUCCGGGACAACAUCCUUAAAUAUGAUGAAGAAGGUGGUGGGGAAGAAGAUCAGGAUUAUGAUUUAAGCCAACUUCAGCAGCCAGAGAAUAUGGAUCAUGUUUUAAACAAGACGAACGGAGUCAGAAGAGUAGAUGAGAGACCUGUCGGUGCUGAGCCUCAAUAUCCCAUACGGCCGGUCAUCCCCCACCCUGGAGACAUCGGGGACUUUAUUAAUGAGGGUCUGAGAGCAGCCGAUAAUGACCCGACAGCCCCUCCCUACGACUCCCUUCUCGUCUUUGACUAUGAAGGAAGCGGUUCAACAGCAGGGUCGGUAAGCUCACUUAACUCCUCAAGCUCCGGAGACCAAGAUUACGACUACCUUAAUGACUGGGGACCAAGGUUCAAGAAACUGGCGGACAUGUAUGGGGGUGGCGAGGAUGAUUAAAAAUGACCUCACUUUUCUUGUUUUGCAAAAAGAGGAAAGCUAUAGCAUUUAGAAAGAAGCGGAUGGAGAGAGAGAGAGAGAGAGAGAGAGAGAGAGAAAGCAACCCAAGGUGGAUGAAAGAAGAAGAAAGGAGUAAAACAAAAAAAAAACAAAUUAAAUAAAAACAAAAAAAACAAAAAAAGAGAGAGAGAGAGAGAGAGAAAGCAGAAGAGGAAUCAAGACCUGUUCAAAAGAGGCAGCUUUUUUUAAUUAAUACUUUCGGCCGACUGUAUUCUUUUUAGUGGUGACUUAGAGCUUUUCUUUUGCUGUUGUUUCUUUCUUUCCCCCUUUCUCUCUUCUUUUUCUUCCUUUUUUUUUUAAGAACAUUGAGCUGUCUAGCAUGAACACGUGUCUCUGCUGCCUUUUUUUAAUUAUUAUUUUAAUUGUUUCCCCCACCCUCAUGUGUCAGCAGGGAACUUGCUUGUUUUAACCACUUUAUGACUAAAGGGAGUGACAGGCACUCUGUCUUAACUUGAAUUUCUUAGAACAGAAGCACUGUUUUUAAAAUAUAUAUAUAGAUAUAUAUAUUUGAAAGUGCCUUUUGGUACAUGUAUCAGAUUCCCUCAAUCUCAGGAGUGUUCAGAAAGAAACAAACAAUUUACGUUUCCACCGGGUCUUGGACACCACACACUGUAACCCUAAGCCAGUUCUAGCUGGGAAAGGAAUUAAGGAAUUAACAAAACAAAACACUCGGAAUAAUGGGGUUUUAUUCUAAAAACAAAACAAAACAAAAAACCCAGAAGAAUUGUUUGUGGGUGGGGGACAACAAAAGAAACGUGAUGUUAGUGUGCAAGAGAAGAAACCAAAUUUAAAACGGAGAUCUUUUUGGCCUCAAAAAUGGCGAACUCAGUCAACCCUGUUGUAUAUAUCAUUCAUUGUUUAACUGAUGCAAAAUAUUGAAUUGGGUUUUCUCUUGUGACUUGGCCACAUGUUGCUGUAGCUGCAUAGAAUUAUAGCAUUGGAAAACCUUGACAGAAUACAAGGUGACGCUCUUACCUAAACCCUACAGUAAAUGAUCCGAAGACCAAAGGUCGCUUGUGUGUAACUUUUGUCCUUCUUUUCAAUUUCCUUUCCAUUCUUUCUUUGAGAAAACAAAAAACAAACAAACAAAAAAGACUUGUUCCUUCUGCUGAGUCCAUGGUACAUAGUUAUAUAUUUCUAAUCGAUGUUUGUCGCAACGAAUAGGAUGUGGGAAUCCGGUGGAAUUAUUGGGUGUACAGAACCUUAAACAUCUGGAAGACAUGAUUUCAGGUGAACGAGCUUGGUGGUUAAGAGAUUAAAAUGCAAAGGAAGGCAGCACAAUUUAUUUUGGCCACCUACGGCUCUCUGUAUGUUAUAGUGUGGGUGUUUUUCCUCCUAGAUUGUGUUAACACAGAGCAUCGGUUUUGUAGACUUGUUUUAGUUUUUUUGGCCAUAAAAAUCACCUUCCUAUUGCACCACAAAAAAUGAGCAAGGCUAAGCACAAACAAACAAACAAAAAUCUAGCUCCCUUAUUAUAUUAAUGGAUGGCUGAAAGCCAGAGAAUUCAGCCAAAAAUAUGAGCUGCCUUAUUUUGAAGAAUUAUAAAAUGAAUGGAGGAGAAUAAAACAAUGCUAAGGACUAUCUUGUGGUACCAAUAGUCUUUAAAAUACUUUGAAUGCCAUUGCAUCCAUAGUGGGGGGGGAACUUAACAAAGAACAUUAUCUUACUGGUGUUGAUAAUAUUUAUGCUUGGAAGGAUUUUUUUUCUUCUUUAGAUUUUUUUUUUUUUUUUGGCAAUAAAUCAGACCAGAUAGGACUCUAGCCUGAGUCAAUAUGUGAAUUUCCUUACUAUUACACAGCAGAACACAUUUAUCAGAGUAAAUUUUUCUGAUGCUAGGAAGGAAAAACAAAUGAUUUCAACAGAAAAGCACAUUCAAAUCAAUAGCAUAUAAAGACUAAUUGAACAGCUAGAUUCAUCUGACCAUUUCUUAAUGGGUUAUUUCAUUGUAAAAAAAAUUAUUAUUAUUUGAUACUUGUUUCAAAUUGUCCCUACUUCCCAAAGUGAGGUAUAUAAGUCAGGUUCAAGUUAGAAAUGCUGGUGUUUAUAGUUGUUUGACUUAAGUUGUGAGUAUCACAAUAUUCUGCGGGAAUCUUCACUUUUUGAAUUGUCCAUUGCUACUUAUCAAAUCAUGACCAUUUCAAACAAUCUAUUAACUUACUUGGAAAGUCAGCUCAAUCCCUGUUCAAAAUUAAUUAUUUUUUGCAUAUGUAAUAAAAUUGCAUCCAAUAGACUUUUCUCAUGCAAUGAAUGUUGUUCCUGAAUGCAACACAGUUAAAGUAACGUUUCCAGACUAUGGCAAACAUCAGAUCGAAUCAGAUCUAAACAGAUGAUUUCUGAUAUAAAAGCAACGGGAGAAAUCACAUUCUAGAAACCAUUCGAACCAUCGAAAACUAAUCGGCGAAGUAGGCCUAAGACAAAUAAUAACGUUCCGUCUCUUCAUAGAUUGCCUUGCCCCAGAGCCAGGAAAGGAGCUAGAAAAUAAAUAAAAGUAUAAGUGAUUAUAAUUCAGAAAAACAGAUGGUUCCUCAGAAAUAUUUAAUAUGCAACCUCAGGUAGAUUUUGAGGCCUAGUUCAGUGAUCGUUCACCUAUUUUGUGUGUGGCUAAUUGUAGGUGUAAGCUUUGGCUUUGUCAGGUAAAGGUUUCCUAAGGAAAAUGUUGGGAAAGUUUUUUGUACAAGCAUUUCGAGUUGUACCGUCAGUCUCAUACCACCUUACUGGAUGCAAAUGGAGAAAAGAUUUAUUUUCCUCCAGCAAAGAAUUGAGCUUAGUUAGAAAUACCGAGUUCAUAUUUUAAGAACCAUCCGCUUGGAUAAUUCCCCCCCGCCCCACACUCAUUUUCUUCUGUAGAAAGAAAUGUUCCAUUUUUGGAAGAGUGUUUUUUAUUUUCUGAACUAAAAAUAAGGAGAGUCAGAAGCAUGUUUGCCAUAAAUUCCCUCGCCCACAAAUGAUCACAUUAAACGGCAUUUCACGUAGAACUCAAGUAGUGAUGAAACCUUGAGAAGUCACUAGUUAUAAUAGUUAACUUUAUUUUUUAGAACAUGUACAAGUUUUCUCUCUAUAUAAACAUUAUAGGGCCAACAUCUUCAUUUUUUUAAAAAAAUGGUUUCUUUUUUUCUAAAAAAAUGGCUAGAGAUUCAUUUACUAUCCCAUGGGUAUAUCUUGAAUAUUAUGAGCCAAACCUACCAAUUAAUGAUGGCACUUCCUGAUGAAUGGUAUUUCUAUCUGUGAUCAAAGGCUAUUAUGGGAUUAGAAAAGGCAGGUAUAUCACUGGGGACCUUGUGAUUAAUGUGCUUAAAUGUGUGAUUAAGCCAGACUUAUUUGCUGCAUUCUGAUAGAACCUCACUAUUAUCAAAGGUAGCAUGCUACCUAGUUUGUAUGUAGGGUCUGUAUUUACAAAACAAAACAAAAACAAAAAUAAUAACAAUUCUGCAGGGUUUUUUUUCCUCUCUCUCUCAAAAAUGUGAUUUUUUUUUCCUCCCCUUUAACGAUUUGGACUUAACGUGGUUUAUGUCUAAUGUUUGUACAAUUAUUUAGAUUGCAUGGAUGUGUAAUGUAAAAAACCACAUUUAAUGGAGAUCGAGCCACUUAAUUGUGCUAUCAAAUCUUGGAUUAACCUAAUGGAUAAUGGACAAAAAAAAGGCCCGCUGCAGAUGGAAGAGGAAGCCACGAAGGUUGGAUUUGCUAUUAUUUCCUUCAAAUCCAAGAGAGGGCACAAUUUUGGAGGAAUUGUUUUGAUGAUCCAUGGGGGGGAAAUGGGGCUGACCAGUGUUCCCCCAACACACACUUUUCUUGUCAAUAUUAAAAAAAAAAGAUUCUCGUUUGUCACUGAGGUGGGGGAAGGAAUGAGUGCAAAUAAAUAUUUCAAAAGGUUGUUAAAGAGAUCGUACUAGAAUGCAAGCUCCUUUGUCUGGAGACUUUGAAAAUGCUCCUUGUGCAUUUUAUAUUUCAUUGUAUCAUAUUUUCUAUAAAAUGCAAUUUCUGUA